AUGGCAAAGAGUUGCUACGAAAAAGUCACCAAAACUGCCCAGGAGGAAAACUUCAGCUUCUUUUCUGUUCUUUUCUUUCAAUGGAUGAGCAUUAUAUUGAAGACGGGAAAUGAACGAGCUAUCGAAAAAGAGGAUCUUUUGCCUCUUAAAGAAGAAAACACUACCUCCUUUCUGUCCGAAAAGCUUCAGUCAAGUUGGAAUCAGGAAACAGACUCCGGCAAAAGAUAUUGUAAAGGACCUAAACUGUGGAAAAGUGUGUUGAAGAUUAUUUCAGUUAAAGAGGCCAUCAUUAUCACUUUAACUGGCAGUCUACGUACAUUUUCUAAUAUUCUCCAACCAUUGCUUCUGGGAUAUCUCCUGGAAUCUCUAAGGAAUGCUGAACAAAAGCAUAAUUAUUUUGUGUAUAUCUGCGCAUUGGGAAUUGGAAUAAAUGAAUUGUUCGCUGCUCUCAAUGUUCACCAUUUUUCUUUCCAAUGUGAGAUGCUUGGUAUCAAAAUCAGUGGUGGCCUUAAAGGAUUAGUCUACAACAAGGUAAGUACAACAUCAACGUUACGUUACGUUAAUCUGUUACGAGCGCAAUACGUGAUUUCAAAGAGCAAUGUCUCUUCUUUUGUAAAUGAUCAGUGUUCAGUGCAUCUACGUGUAAUUAAACAAUGCUUACCCCGACCUAGAUUAUUCUGGAUAUCACAAAACCCUUAUCAAAUAAAUGUUUAUUAUUUUCCCCUGUGUAUACUCCGUUAUGUAACAGCCGAUUGCAGAAACUGCUGACUUUUAGUGCAAGGGCGUAACUAAACGUAAGCUCGGAGAAUUACGUACGUGCAGACCUUAAACCUCGAAGAAUUAUGGUGAAAAAAGAAACACGCGCACAAUAGAAAACACGGCAAAGAAGUAAACGUAGAGAGAUCAAACAGUGUAGUGGAUAAGAGUCUCCUAAAAUGACGGCAAACUGUUAAAGGAACAAGAACAUCGUACACUGAAAAAAACUGAAAGCAACUGAACUCAAGUUUUUAAUUUUUUUUCCGAAGAUUUAAUACACUUACUUUCCCUUUUUUAUUUAAUUUCCAAAAUGAAAUCUUAAAUCUUAAUUACAAGACUCAGUGAGACUUUCGUGAACAUUCGCUUGAACAUUUAAUACCAAACAAUUUAAUGACAACCAAGAAAGUUCGAAAGUUCCUUCAAGCCCCGUUAAAAGGGAAUCAGUGAAAGAUAAAGAAAUAUAAGGUACUUUUUUUAUCUUAAUUUGGGCUUCUUGCGGGCUCCAGCUUACCCAAUUUUAAAUGACGAUCAGAAUUUUUAGUUUGUUUUCUUUUAGCCUGUUCACAGACCCUCUAUUUUCUCUUCCCUCUACUUUCUCUUCAAAGUUCGUCGAGCGCGCAUGAUAAAAAAGCAAAAACCGCGGGAGAUGCGGUAUAUUUGCUUGGAAACGAGGUUGAUCGAUGACAUAUUUGCCUGGAAACGAGGCUGUUUGGGUAAUAUUGAACGAAAAUGAAAAAAGCGUUUACAAGAAAUAGCUGAAGUUCUGACCAAAACUGAGCGGAAGAAGUGCAAGAAUACGCAAAAAAUAUUGUUCGUUGGAUCAGUGUUAUAUGCUUUUUAAGUAGAUGACACUUUUACUUGCAAGAAAAAAGAUGUUUAUAUCUAGCCCGCGUAACAGGCGUUCGAAAAGGAAGGGGAAGGUAACUAGUUUGGCUCGAGACCCACCUCUUGUGCCCGAAGCCCCUUCCCUUUCAAACGCCUGCCACGCAAUUAUAUCCUGAAAGCGUGCCGAGAAAUGAGCUUAAGUCUUGAUGAAAGUCUAUGAGGAGGUAAGUAAGCUCUCGUUUCAAAACAAUCUUUAAAAAAUGUUUGAAUGGAUAAUAAACAGAUAUUUAAUUCGGCUUUCGUAUGAUGUGCAGAAUUGUGCUGAUCACGAAGGCUGUUAUAGGCCGAGGUGGAUAGCAUUCUCCUCGAUCUGCAUAAUUCUUCAAAUCAUACGAAAGUGUCAUUCACUGAAUAGUUGUUAAAUAUUGAUUUUUGAUUUUUGCUGCAUGUGUAGACGGUACUAGGCUCUCAUUAUUAAUAAAAAUGCUCCUUUGUGGUGCCACUUAACAUGUUAAUAAAUUUAUCACUUCUGUUUUGCAGACGCUUCUUUUAAGCAAGGAUUCCUUGUUAAGGUUUUCAACUGGUCACGUGAUUGAUCUUGUAUCCAACGAUGUUCAGCGACUUGAGGCAGAUACGGUCAGGUUGUUUCUCGUUAUGCCUUUUUCUAUUCUUCAGCUUGUGGUGAUCUCCUACUUACUCGUCCAUUUUAUUGGCUGGCAGACUUCAGUGGGAAUCAUUUUUCUGUGUUUACUCCUGCCAUAUCUCGGUGGACUCUCCUCUGCUGGUGCCACAAUACGCUCUCGCACAGCUGCAGUUUCUGAUCGUCGCAUUUCGUUGAUCAACCAAGUUAUUUCUGGGAUUCGUGCCAUCAAGUCAUAUGCAUGGGAAAAAGAAUACAAACAAAAGAUAGGAGAUAUACGAAGGUAAGAAAAAGAUAUCUGCUUAGACUACUCAUGAGUUAGUGAACAAUUAGAAUAUCAUUCAUUCAGUAAUUCAGUCUGCAAUUGGUUAUUGCUAAUAACUGAACAAAAUGUAGCUUGAAGUUAUAAGUACGACAUUGAAAAUUAAUUUCAACGGAGACCUUUACUAUGAAAGACAUUUAAUUGUUUCAAUAACCCCAAUAAGUACCACGUGACAGCAUAUGAGACAGCUGCAUUUUUAAAGAUCAGAAUUCCUAGAAAAUUGUCAGCCCUAAUGGUCAAUUGAUUUAUAAUCACUGCUUAUUCUAGCUAAGCUUAGCAUAGAUACAGUUAUCAGUAAUACCAUAGAUUAAAUCUCUAAAACGCUUUGACAUUUUAUGCAGUCCGUGAAAGAGCCAGCAUUGGAGCUGUGCAAUGUCGUUCUUAACUUAAUUUUUGGUAGUCAAACGUUGCUUCUUUUGGUCAGUGCACACAUACAUUUUUAUCUUUCAGAAACGAAAUAAGCUUCAUUCUGAAGAAGAGUGCCGUUUUAUCGGCCAUUGCUGCAUUGGAGUAUACUUCGACACCAAUGGCGACCAUGCUGACAAUCAUCACACUGUCACUGACUGGACAUCCCCUGACACCAGCAAACGUAUUCAUUUUGCUUUCCUUUAUCAAUUUACUACGUCAGAACUUCUGUAUAAACGUCGCGUAUGGUUUGCUUCAGUCAUAUGAUGCUUAUGUUUCCCUAAACAGAAUUCAAGACUUUCUUCUUUUAGACAAUUUAACUUCAACUACCGUUACGAGAAAAGGCCUAGAAGAGAACGAAAAUUGGCAAGAUCCUCACAAGUCAACAAAAUUAGAACAGGAUAUUGUCUUACUUGUGGAGAGUUCCACGAUACAGGAGAAAGAUAAAGAUGACGGAUUUGGUUCACAAAAAGUAGCUACUAAGAAAGGGAGUUUGAUAGUCAUUACCGGGCCAGUAGGGAGCGGAAAAUCAACUCUUCUCUCAACUAUCGCUGGCGAAGGAACAACCAAAAAUAUAAGCAUUACCUGCAGAGGAUCUAUUAUCUAUGUGCCACAGAUACCGUGGUUAUUCUCUGGAACUGUAAGAGAUAACAUUUUGUUUGGCGAGCCCUAUGAAGAAUCCAAGUACGCAAGAAUCAUCGAAGCUUGUGCUUUGGCAGAUGACAUCCAGCAAUUUCCCGAAGGUGACAAAGCAGUUGUUGGAGAGCGUGGUGCGGCUCUCAGUGGAGGCCAGCGGGCAAGAGUAAGCUUAGCACGUGCAGCCUACGCCAAUGCAGACCUGUACUUGUUAGAUGACCCCCUUAGUGCGCUGGAUUCUAAGGUUGGGCUGCACAUCUUUACCAAAUGCAUCAAAGGCCUACUAGGACAGAAAACCAGAUUGAUUGCUUCUCAUCACCAACAACUUAUGAGAGAAGCUGAUGAAGUAAUUUUAUUAUUUAAAGGCGAAAUCUUAGAUAAGGGACGUUUUGAUGACCUGAAAGCAAAGGGUCUUUUAAAUACGACUGUUGAUCCACCAUAUAAGAAAGCUAAGGACUCAGAUGAGAGCUUUGGUGAGCAAGGAGAAGAAAAAGAUGAGAUUUCUGACACAUCAAAUAAAACAAACCUCAACACCAAUGUAUGUAAGACUCUUCGCUUAUCAGAAGAAGAUCGAGCGAUCGGAGUGGUGUCUACAAGACUGUAUUGUAACUUCUUCAGAAGCGGAGCCCCUUUACCAGUGAUCAUUGCAGGAAUUUGCUUCUGUCUUAUUGCUCAAGGUAAUCAAAGGUUUUUUGCGACCAAGUUUUAAAACAUUGACAGCAUUUGAACUUUCAAGAACAAACUCCAACAAAAAUCCGUGGAAGAUUUAUUUUAGAUAAACCAUUUUCCAAGCCUUUAAAGAGGCUAUGUCACCAGGAUAUUGCUGUUUAAGUCAAUUCUGUGCUGAGGUCAUUUCUUAGUGCCUUUAUGUAUACACAAAUUCUUCUCUACAGUUAUGAAGAAGAUAUCAAACAAAUUUUAUCAGGGAGCACUAACCAUAACAUUUUUUCUGGUAAUUUUUACAUUUUGUAGGCAUAGCAUCAAAACUUGAAACGGAUGGGCCGAAUUUUUUCAAUUUUCUAUUCACGUCCAUCCCCGCUUGCCAUCCGUUGGUAGCAUUUCACGACAGAAAACGGUUUCAAUGCGUACAUAAAUACUAGUCUUAAUAACACAACUCUACCCUUAUUUUUGGAAUUCGAUGCGAUGAAAUGCAUUAGCUUUUGAAAAAAUAGCAAAUGGCGUGACAUAGCCUAUUUAAAUAUAUCCAAAAAUUAAAUCAGGAACGAGAGUAGUAAGCACAUUCCUUGAUUAAGACGUAAUCUCAGUUAAGGCAGGGGUGGAUCCAGAUAUGAUUGGGUUCAUGGGGUCUCAACCCCACUAAAUACAACCAGAGGCCAAAAUAGAUGAAAAUACACGUAACCCAUUAGAAAGUUAUUUGCAGUUAAUAUGAGGAUGAUUUAAUUUCAACAACGUGCUAUUUUUUAGCAAUGCUUGUGUCUCCUGACGUGUGGCUGUCGUUGUUGACAAGGAAACAAUCAGAGUAUAAACGAGACAAGAAGAACUUGACCAUCUAUGGUCUUCUCGUGGGUGCCGCAUUCAUAUUUCUCGUCAUUCGAGCGUUUGGCUUCUAUCUGGUAUGUGUAAGAUGUUCUGAGCGUCUUCAUGAUAGAAUGGUCGAAGCUGUUCUACAUGCACCAGUCUUUUUCUUUGAUUCAAAUCCCGUGGGAAGAAUUAUGAAUAGGUUUUCCAAAGACGUAGGCAGCAUGGACGAAGUACUGCCUAAAACAUUUUUGCGGUCAAUUCAGCUCAUCUUACUCCUGCUGAUGACCAUUCUCGUGCCGACAGUCACAAACCCUUGGAUUUUGCUUGUUGUUACGCCAAUAGCUGUGUUGGCGGGACUGUGGUCAAGAUAUUACCUUAAGACAUCUAGGGAGCUGCAAAGGUUGGAGUCUAUCUGUCGCAGUCCUGUAUAUUCUCAUAUUUCGGAAACACUGGAUGGACUGGAUACAAUAAGAACAAGGAAGAAAGAAGGGGAUUUCGUUUCUCGCUUUCACAGGUAUCAUGUCACACAUUCGUCGUAUCUUUUAGGUUAAUUUCACUUUGUUUUUUUAUUAUUUUUAGAGUUUGGCUAUCUAAACGGGUGCAAAAGUGAGCAGGGAAAAACAAUUAUUUAUUAUAUUUUCUUUUUUUUUGCAUGACUCAAAUAAUUAGGGAAUUUUACAAAGUUUUAGAAUGAAAGGUCGCGAACUGAAGGCAGUCGCGAUUUGUACCUCAACAACCGAGAGUUUUGCUUUUUUUUUAUCUUAUUAUCGGAAACGCCGUUACAGGGGCACGAAAACCAUAGUGGAUAUUGCUUCUGUUCACACAUAAGAACAGUGAUUUCGGCGAUAUUUCUGUAACGGGACAAAGCUGCGCCGCGCCGACCUCUAAAGUGGGAAGUCACAUAUUGGAUAGGUGUUCAUACUAUAAAGGAAUAUAGGUAUUAUUUAUGACUUAUUUAGAAAUGGUUUUGAUCAGUGUUACGUUCUUGCGAAAAAACUAUCGCCUUUUCUGCAGGCUAUGGGGUAUCCAACUUUGCAAGUCACUAACAUUCACGCGCUGAGCGCGCAAAGAAUUUAUAAAUCUUGCUUCACGAGGAACAAACACGUUCAGAAGAGGUAGGAAUUCUGGACCAAACCGCUUAGAAAAAAAUCCGAGAAACCCUUGGGGGCUUCUUCUGGCCCCACAACCUAAUUGAACUAUGUCGUAGGUAGAGGCUUUUCUAGCAGUUGUAACUGUAAAAAAAGGUGUCAAAAGUACAUUCCUUGUUGGUUGUAGGUGUCAAGAUGUACAUACAAAAUCGUUUAUCGUGUUACUUGCCAGUGGGCGAUGGCUUGGUGUACGGUUGGACAUUUUUUCUUCUCUGUUGACUGGUGCAGUGGCCCUUGCUGCCGUUUUGGUUUCAGAAGAUCCUGGUAUGUACCGUGUUUGUUAAUAAUUGUCAUAAGACUACUGCAAAGAUGGUUCAAAGAACGUGUUAAGAAUUGACCUCACUCUUUUAGGCUGAAUUGUGUUAUAAUUUCAUCACUGUCAACACUGUCCUUUUUGCCAUGGCAGUGAUCGAUCACUGAUCGAUUACUGAUCUCGUAGUACAUGUGCAUUUAAAACACUGCGUAUGGCCGAGUUGGGUCCUGAUUCAGCAUUCCCCGCUCCUUUUUUAAGACAAUCUCGCAUCCCGAACUUCUCCCGUUUUCUUUUCCAAUACCGCGAAUCCUGCUUCCACCGGAACAGUCAAAUCCCGCAUCACAUCAAGAAAUUUUGCUUUUUCCCGAAUCCCCCAAUGUAUUUCAAUCAAAUCACGGAUCCCGAGAAUAUCCUUCCAGACCCUCAGUAAAGACUCAGAACUUAAGCGUGUAUUGUAGUCUUUUAACCGCCGCCUUCCCGUAGCUGAAGCAGUUGGUAAGUCAACGGACUGUUCCUAUGUGAGGCUCAGGAUUAGGAAUCCAUGAGUUUGGACCACAAACCAUUAAGUUUCAAAAAACACCAAGGAAACCAUGAAAGCGUGAGAAGAUUCCACGUAUGGGUAUAGGUUGCGUAUGGACUCGGUCGCCAAAUAAAUUCCCACACCACAAAACAAAAGUAACCAACAAUGGCUUCCGAAACACUACGGAAUUUCCUUUAACUUGAAACCUUCUCCAAUCUCUAUCUUGAAUGCUCAAAUUUUGAAUCUGAGUUUGCCCCGGUAGGUUGUUAAGUUUAAGUUUUGUCUGGAUUGAGAAUUUUCUCUUGUUUCCUUGCAGCCCUCGUUGGACUAUCUCUGGUUUACGUAGUCCAGACCGUGAAUCUGACACAAUUUGCUGUCCGUCAGUUAACCGAGGUUGAAAAUCUUAUGACAGCAGUUGAACGAGUUAUCACUUACACUGAGCUCGACCCUGAACCUGGUUACAAAGUCAAGCAACUUCCCCCGGAAAAUUGGCCAGACAAAGGAAGUGUCACAUUUCAAGAUGUUUCCAUGACGUAUCAUCCAGGGGGUCCACAAGUUCUAAGGAAUAUUUCUUUAAGCAUCAAAGCAGGAGCUAAGAUUGGAGUUGUGGGACGCACGGGGUCAGGGAAGUCUUCCUUCGCGGCGGCACUAAUGCGUAUGCCUGAAGCUGAAGGAGAUAUUUUGAUUGAUGACGUAUUGUUAAGAAAUAUCAAUCUAAAAGAGUCUCGACGAGCAAUAACCGUCCUUGGUCAAAAUCCUGCUCUUUUUAGUGGAUCGUUAAGAAAAAACCUCGACGUAAUAGAACAAUUUCAAGACGCCGAACUAUGGCAGGCUCUGGAGCAAGUGCAAGUGAAAAAUCUUGUGGAGAGUUUGGAGGGUCAGUUGGAUUACGAGUUGUUGGAGAAUGGUGCAAAUUUAAGUAUAGGAGAACGGCAACUAAUCUGCUUGGCUCGAGUGCUGCUGCAUCAAAAGAAAAUCGUCAUCUUGGAUGAGCCCACUGCACACGUGGAUCCUGACACAGAACGAACAAUCUGGAACGUUGUGCAUGAAAAAUUGAGUGACUCGACUGUUAUAACAGUAGCUCAUCGGUUAAAUACCAUCACAAACUGUGACAAGAUCUUAGUUUUAGAUAGUGGGGAAGUUAAUGGGUUUGAUAGCUUCCAAGUACUAUGUAACAGACCCGGAAAUAAGUUGCACGAAAUGGCUCAAAAGUCAGAAGACCCAAAAUAG